AUGGCUAUCCAAGAAGCUUUGAUAGAUAGGCCAAGAAAAUCCCUUCCCAAAACUUUCUGGUUAAUCCUCUCUUUAGCUGCUAUCAUAAGCUCAUCAGCCCUUAUUGUUUCUCAUCUCAACAAACCAAUCUCCUUCUUUCACCUGUCAUCAACUCCCAAUCUGUGUGAGCAUGCUGUUGAUACAAAAUCAUGCUUAACUCAUGUAUCAGAAGUUGUUCAAGCCCCAACCUUGGCUAACACAAAAGACCACAAAUUGAGCACACUCAUAUCCUUAUUAACCAAGUCCACCACACACAUUCAAGAAGCCAUGAACAAGGCCAAUGUUAUCAAACGCCGAGUUAACAACCCUAGAGAGGAGACGGCUUUGAAUGACUGUGAGCAACUAAUAGACUUGUCCAUGGAUAGAGUUUGGGACUCAGUGUUGACUUUAACAAAAAAUAAUGUUGAUUCACAGCAAGAUGCACACACAUGGCUAAGUAGUGUGCUCACUAACCAUGCAACAUGUCUGGAUGGUUUAGAAGGUACAUCUCGGGUCGUUAUGGAAAGUGACAUCCAAGAGUUGAUAUCAAGAGCUAGAUCUUCUCUGGCCGUGCUUGUUUCCGUUUUACCUACAAAGAGUAACGACGGAUUCAUUGAUGAAUCAUUGAACGGUGAAUUUCCCUCAUGGGUAACGAGUAAGGAUCGAAGGCUUUUGGAGUCUACAGUUGGGGACAUAAAGGCCAAUGUUGUGGUGGCUAAAGAUGGGAGUGGUAAGUUCAAAACCGUGGCUGAGGCUGUGGCGUCUGCACCAGACAACGGUAAGGCAAGGUAUGUUAUCUAUGUGAAAAGGGGAACCUACAAAGAGAAGGUAGAAAUCAGUAAGAAAAAGAAGAAUGUGAUGCUCGUCGGUGAUGGUAUGGAUGCAACAAUAAUCACAGGCAGUUUGAAUUUUAUCGAUGGAACAACCACUUUCAAUAGUGCAACUGUUGCUGCUGUUGGGGAUGGGUUUAUAGCUCAGGACAUAGGGUUCCAAAACACGGCAGGCCCAGAAAAGCACCAGGCAGUUGCUCUCCGCGUAGGUGCUGAUCAAUCUGUCAUCAACCGUUGUAAAAUUGAUGCAUUCCAAGACACUCUCUACGCACACUCCAACCGACAAUUUUACCGUGACUCCUUCAUUACCGGUACUGUUGACUUUAUCUUUGGAAACGCGGGUGUUGUGUUCCAGAAGAGCAAACUUGUGGCCCGAAAGCCCAUGAGCAACCAAAAAAACAUGGUCACGGCCCAAGGUAGAGAAGACCCAAACCAGAACACUGCAACUUCAAUUCAGCAAUGUGAUGUCAUACCAAGCUCGGACCUCAGGCCUGUGCAAGGCUCCAUCAAAACAUACCUAGGCCGCCCAUGGAAGAAAUACUCCAGGACUGUUGUGUUGCAGUCCGUCGUGGACGGCCAUAUUGACCCAGCAGGAUGGGCUGAAUGGGAUGCCGCGAGUAAGGAUUUUCUGCAAACAUUGUAUUACGGAGAGUACUUGAACAGUGGAGCAGGUGCUGGUACCAGCAAGAGAGUGACAUGGCCUGGUUAUCAUAUCAUCAAAACAGCUGCAGAGGCUAGCAAGUUUACAGUAACACAGCUCAUCCAGGGCAAUGUUUGGUUGAAGAACACAGGGGUAGCCUUCAUUGAAGGCCUGUAG